CACAAUGUCCAAAAAAGCGGUUGCUUCCAUCAAACCCUGGGUCGCGCAAGAUACGUUCAUUGGCAUACUAUGGGGAGGAGAGGCUGUGGGGUCGCUUUUCAUCUUCUUGCGACUCUUCAUCCGAUAUCGAGCGUUCUCAAAGUUCUGGUCAGAUGAUUACAUCAUCAUGAUUACCUGGCUUUGCAGUCUCAGUAUAUGCGUGCUAUGGCAAAUCAAUGCGAAUAAUCUAUACAACCAGUACAAGAUGUCGAAUGGCGAGCUCCAACUUACGGCAGAUACUAUACAGCACGAGAUGGUGUUACUGCGUGGGAGUGCUGCCUUCCUCAUGCUGUGGCAUAUCUGUAUCUACGGUAUCAAGGCUGCGUUCUUGAUUUUCUUCGGACGCCUGGAUCAGCUCCACGAUGGCCCCAGAAAAAAAUGGCGCUGGUUUGUAUCUGUCUUCACUAUCUGUAGUGGUAUGACCUCCAUUGGAGUGACCGAUUGGCAAUGCUUGCUAUCGAGGCUUGCCUAUGUCCUCACCCAGUGCGCUAACCCCCAGCAAUUGAGAUUCCAGCACCUGGGUUUCAUCGUCUCUUGCGUUCUGGAUGUCAUUUCUGAUGCUUUGAUCAUCUCCAUUCCUGUAACAAUGCUCUGGAAUGUGCGUGUACAUCUGGGGAAAAAACUAGCAUUGAUGAGCCUGUUCUCCCUUACUAUCAUUGUUAUGAUGACAGCCGUCGCACGGGUAGCUGUCAACCCCACCAAGCACAUUCAAGCCGACCCGAGCUGGCUGUAUCUAUGGUACAACAUAGAACUGUUCGUAGCUAUGCUAGUCUCAUCGCUCGCCUCUUUUCGCCAGCUCUACAUCACACAAUCGAGCCGAACAAAACAGAACAGCGAUCAGCGUACGAGAAGUACCAACUCGAACAUUAUAUUCAUGGAGCGUUUCUGGAUACGACCAUCACUCUCGCCCUUAUCAGGAUCGAAUCGCAAACCAUCAGCUUCGGGAAACGGGACCCUGCCCUUGAGCUCGGUCGAUGUAGCUCAUGACGCAAAUACAACACCGAUAACACCAAAGCCAUCUACAUAA